AUCUCCACCCUCCGGGAAGAUGGUCACGAGCCCACCGUCUGACACCAUUGGCUUCGGGUCUGACUCGCAGGCGAGCCUUCUUGUUGAGGACCGAGGCGUGUUGCAUUCCCGGUGUUGUUUGUUUGACCGCGUUUCCCUCGAGUGAACUCCAGUCCGUGCAUGACGCUCCCUCUCGGGAGACUGUCCCGGCGCCGCUGCCUCUCGAUGACCGAUGUCGGCUGUCGGCCAUUACAUCAUAGUACCCCAUGCCGACCAACGACCAACAUCGGAUGGGCAGUUUUGGAGUUUCGUCGUCGCGCUUGCGAUUCGGAAUAACGAGGAACUCGAGACAUGACCCUGUCUCUUUUUUUCGUUCAACAAUAUGAGCGCUUUUGAUGCGUCUCUGCUUGAUUGCUAAUAUUCUGAUAGGAGACAGUCGUGUCAGCCGGGAGCUUUCCCUUGACCGCAAGCUGGGUGGGUCAGUUAUGCAAGCAACGGCCCGCCAUCCUUGUGGUGUCUCGCCUUAUCUAUCAGUGCCUGGGCCCCGCUGCCUGCUGCUGAUUGCGGAUAGGCUCUCGACACUCGUUCGGACAGGUUAACUUCCAUUCCAUUGCAUCCAUGCCCGUUGACGUUGGCACGUGGUUGGUUGUUCAGAUUUGUACAGAAUAAGCAGACGAGUGACUGUGUAGAUAUGAAAGUACUUUCCGUCCACUUUGCAUAGAUGGACUGUCUGCUCUCUUGUCUUUCAUGUCAAAGUUGCCCCGGUUUUGCAGCCCACCUUUCAUCCUCUUUUUUUUUAGCCUCUCGAUUUUCUUUUUUCCCUGUCUUUCAUCUCUGGGCUGCCUGAUGGGAUACUUGUCAGGCCAUCUCUCUAGCAUGAGAGUGACUCCCCCAGCCACAACGCCUCGUCGGAUUCGCCAGCCAUCCAACACGAGUAUGGUGGAGCUGGUAGUGACCUGCUACCUGGAUGAAACGACUGCGUUCUCCGUGCUUUGCCAACAAGAAAACCAAUUCCCGAGAGCCUAUGACCGGAGAAGGAGAUGAUGAGUAGGUAUUUUAGAUAAACCGAAGAAAUAAUUUGAUCUUCCAUCAUCUGAAUAAAG